UUGAACCCAGUAAGAGAGAGAGAGAGAGAGAGAGAAAAAAGCUAUGGAUUUCCCGCCGAAGAAACCUCCUCUCAUAACUUAUGGAUUUCUGUUACUGUUUAUGAUCGCUUCCUUUCUUCUCAUUGUCUCUGGUCCUUCUUCCUCCAUGAAUCCUCUCGUUUUUUUCCCCCAAUGCUAUCGCUCCAAUUCAGUUGAAUUACUCCACUCCGUGGACGAUGCACGAGAUGAACUUGAUUUUGCACUGGAGAAGGCGGCGAUGGCGAACAAGACUAUCGUAAUCGCGGUGAUAAACAAGGCGUAUGCCGAUCAAGGCGUUAAAGACGAUACUACAAUGCUCGAUGUGUUUCUCAGUAGCUUUUGGAUGGGAGAAGAUACUCGACGAUUGCUCGAUCAUCUUCUUCUCGUCGCUGUCGAUCAAACGUCGUACGAUCGCUGCAGAUUUCAGCGGCUGAAUUGCUUCAAAUUGGAGACGGAAGGAGUCGAUUUUGGCGGAGAGAAGCUUUACAUGUCCGAUGAAUUCAACAAAAUGAUGUGGAGAAGAACUCUGUUUCUUCUCGACGUUCUCAAGCGCGGUUACAGUUUCAUUUUCACGGAUACGGAUGUAAUGUGGGUGAGGAACCCAUUUUCAAAGCUAAGCAAAGACGAAACAGAGGAUCUUCAAAUCAGCACAGAUCACUUCAAUGGAAAUCCCUGGUCCGCAUCAAAUCCGAUCAACACCGGCUUUUAUUUCAUUCGAUCCAACAACAGAACCAUAGCGCUCUUCCAUAAAUGGUACUCUAUGAGGAACGACACCUCCGGCCAGAAGGAGCAGGACGUUCUCGUUAAUCUCAUCCGCGCCGGUGUGAUUCCGCAACUCAAUCUCAAGGUUAGGUUUCUAAACACUCUCUUUUUCAGUGGAUUUUGCCAGAGGAGCAAUGAUUUCAAACAAGUUUCCACCGUCCAUGCCAAUUGCUGUCGAACGAUCGUCGCUAAGAUCGGCGAUCUUCGAGCCACUCUUGGCGACUGGAAACGGUUUAGGACGUCCACAAACGCGUCGGAGAUCUUCUGGUGGUCGGAUCAUGUCAGAUGUAAGCGAUCUUGGAAACAUUGACGGAUUAAAGUGAAUCGCCAUGGCGUAGGCGGCAGCGGGGAAUUGAAUCGGUGAAUUUUUGGGCAUUUCUAGAACAGAGCCAAAAGGGGAAGGGAUUGAAUUUGUAAGAUGAUAGAGGUGCAUAACUAUUUAAUAAAUUAAAUCUCUCUUUCUAUUUG